AUGUGGAUUUUACUCUCUUUGCCUGCCGCUGGGCUUUUCUUCCUUCAUCGCUAUUACCAAGUCAAUUAUGCCAAAUUUCAAGAAAUAAUAUCCCCAGAGCCAUUACCAGACUCAACUGAAGUUCAAGAACCUAUUCGUUUACAGGUGGAAAGUGGACAUAUCCCAUCCUGGCUCAAUGGCAUCAUGUAUCGUAUUGGUCCUGGUAUAUUCAACAUCAAGCAAAAGGAUGGUUCUGUAUUUUCAAUCCGGCAUGGAUUUGAUGGCUUACCCUUUAUGCAUCGUUUUCAAGUGGAUGGUCAAGCUCAGUCUCUCAAGUACAACUCUAGACUGUUGGCUAAAUCCAUUCAGAAAGAAAUAGAAGAAAAAAAAUACAGGUUUCUAUUCUUUUUUGGACAUAUUCCCAAGGUUACCUUUUCGCAGUGGAUUUCCGAGUUUUAUGCUCGUUUAAGCAACAUUGUUUUGUUUCCUCAGCCGAGACAUCAACAUAGACCAGAUGGCCAAUCCGUGGGCGUAACAGCUACUCCCAACUAUCCACUUCCUUCUUCUAUGUCCAAAGAAAAUGAACAUGUGCUUGUCUCUAAGACGGAUGCCAACAUAUUACAAAAGAUUCAUGCUGAAACAUUGGAACCCGAACGUAUCUUUGACUACACUACUUUUGACUCUCGUCUGAAGGGUGAUUUGUCUGCUGCUCAUCAUCAACAUGACCCUGUAACAAAAGAAAUCUUCAAUUUUACAUUGACAAUAGGACCUCGUCCUAGAUUGAUUGUCUUUAGUGUUACUAAUGAAGGCAAAGUAACUGUAUUAGCCGAUAUUACUCGACGCCAUAAUAACACACCCAUUCGAGCACCUUAUAUUCACUCACUUUGGCUUACUGAGAAUUAUGUGAUUAUUCCUGAAGCGCCUUUGACUUACCAAGAUGGUGGAAAAAACAUGCUCCUCUAUGGUUCUGCUUUGACAAGUAUGGGCUGGGAUAAAGACAUGCCUACCUACUGUCAUGUGUUUCACAGACAAGGUGGUUUAGUAGCAUCAAUUCCUGUUCCCAGCUUCUUUACUUUUCAUGUAGCUAAUGCUUUUGAAAGCCAAUGCCCCAAAACAGGUGAUACUUUGCUCAAUUUGGACUGCUCUUCUUUCUCAAAUGGUGACAUUAUGCAUCAACUCCAUACUUUUGGCGUACCUCGCCACAAGGGGCCUUCUGCCCCUACUCCUCAAGGAACAACAUUCAUAAAUGGCAUAUUGCAUCCUCCUCGCCACCAAACCUCUUUUGGCGAUCUCAUUAGAUAUCAGCUGAACCUUAAUCAAUCAAGCGUGGAAUCCAUUGAUACAUUGGCUAAGAAUGUUGAAUUUCCUCGUUAUAAUCAAGAUUAUACAACCAAGGCUGAUAAUCAGUAUGUCUAUGGCUGUCAGUUACAGCCAUUUACCGAGAUAAGAGAUGAAACGAUUGGCUUAAUCAAAGUCGAUCUCAACGAACGCAAGACACAAACAUAUGCUGUUGAGGGUUUUUCUUGUUCUGAGCCUAUCUUUGUUCCAGACCCAAAAGGCUCUGCUCAAGAUGAUGGUGUUCUUUUGACAUUGGUAAAUAAUUUCGAUUGCUGUUAUUUUAUUGUUUUGGAUGCUUCUAGCAUGAAAGAAUUAGCACGUAUCAAGAUUGGACAAUUUACUGCUGUCACUUUUCAUGGAUCCUAUGUGAAUCAUGAAUUUGAAUCAAUUAAUAUCAACUAG